GAGUGACUGACGCAGGCACAUUAAACCCCUUCCUGGCAGUUCUUCCGACACGUUGACGCGCGGACCAAUUGCAGUCUCCGGCGAUGCAUUCUUUCUCCUUCCACAUAUUUUCAGUCUGGUGGUCGAGAAAGUUGAGGAAAAUGCAAAAAAGGAUUGUGUUGUAUUCGUGUCUAAACUAUAGAACGAUUUAAUUUGAGCUCAAGUUUCAGGUUCUCGUCUUUGGCUUUUCAAUUAUUGUCUACAUUUGAAUUUCUCUUGCAACGAGUAGAGAAGUGUAUUUGCUUGACAAAAAUGUUGGUUUAAAUGAGUAUAAAUUAGUGCUGGAGUAGUCGAGUCGUAAGGUAUUUAUGUGGCAGUUAAAAUUAUGGACAAUGGGGACUGGGACUAGUCUGAUCGGUUUGAGAUUUUAAGGGAUCAAAGCUGGAUACAGACUGAUACUCUGAUAGUGUUGUGCAAGCUAUGUUGAAGGUUGGAAAAAGGUGGAGACAUUUGGUGUCACCCAUUUUGUGGCCACCUCUUGCAGCACCACCACCUUUCCUGCCAUGCCAUCACACUGCCACAUUUUCAACAUGGCCAAUCCACUAAGGGUUUCAUCUUUCAUUAUUGAUGACAGAGAUUCAUGCCUGCAUGAAGUCAACUGAAACCCCACGGAUGCUUCCACCUCCACCUGGAAGUUUCAUAGAUCGCGAAGAACUUAUCCAGCAUGUUGGGGAUUUUUCCAUAUCCCAAGGAUAUGUGGUUACUAUCAAGCAGUCAAAGAAGGACAAAGUUGUAGUCCUGGGCUGUGACAGAGGAGGUGUUUAUCGUAACAGGCGUAAACCUCUUGAUGGAACCUCUCCAGAGCAAGUUCGCAAAAGAAAGACAGGUUCUCGCCUUACAAAUUGUCCCUUUGAAGUUGUGGGCAAAAAGGAAGAUGGCUUGUGGGUACUUACAAUAAAAAAUGGGGAACACAACCAUGAUCCAAUAAAAGACAUUUCGGAACAUCCUUCAGCUCGUCGCUUCACAGGUAGGGAAGUUUUGCUCGUUAAAGAGAUGACAGAAUCUGGUUUAAAACCACGCCAAAUUCUAAAGAGGUUGAGGCAAAGCAAUCCAGAGCUUUUAUCAACACCAAAGCAUGUGUACAAUGUUAAAGCUAAGCUUCGACAGGGAAAUUUGACAGUGAGGAACUUCAAAUCUUUGAGGCCUCAGAAGGCUGCUUCAGAAAACUCUCACCUCUCAAGAGUUUCUGAGCCAUCUUGGAGGCAACGCAACCCUCCAGUAAGUUUAAAUAGGGUUCCCAAUCUUAUUGGAGGUAAAUUUGUUGAUUCACAAUCGUUUGCAUCCAUUGAUGUUGUAAACCCAGCCACACAGACAGUGGUUUCUCAAGUCCCCAUAACUACCAGUGAAGAGUUCAGGGCUGCUGUAUUUGCAGCAAAACGGGCGUUUCCAUCAUGGCGAAACACACCUAUUACUACCCGUUCGCGAAUCAUGUUCAAGCUUCAAGAGCUUAUUCGAAGAGAUAUUGAUAAACUUGUGAUGAAUAUUACUUCUGAACAUGGAAAGACUUUGAAGGAUGCAUAUGCUGAUGUGUUUCGUGGGAUUGAGGCUGUUGAACAUGCUUGUGGAAUGGCAAAUCUGCAGAGGGGGGAGUUUGUUUCAAAUGUAUCCAAUGGCAUUGAUACCUACACCAUUAGAGAGCCACUUGGUGUUUGCAUUGGGAUUUGUUCUUUCAACUUCCCAGCAAUGAUUCCUUUGUGGAUGUUCCCAAUUGCAAUUACAUGUGGUAACACCUUUAUUCUAAAGCCGUCAGAGAUAGCUCCAGGAGCUUCUAUGAUACUUGGUGAAUUAGCAGUAGAGGCUGGGCUGCCUAAUGGUGUUUUAAAUAUUGUUCAUGGCACCAAUGACAUUGUUACUAUUCUUUGUGAUGAUGAUGAUAUUAAAGCUAUGUCGUUUGUUGGUUCAAGUACGGAUGGUGCAUACAUACAUGCAAGAGCAUCAGCUAAAGGCAAGCGUGUUCAGUCAAAUCUGGAAGCCAAAAAUCAUGCAAUCGUCAUGCCUGAUGCAAGCAUGGAUGCUACCUUGAAUGCUCUUGUUGGUGCUGGUUUUGGUGCUGCAGGGCAAAGAUGCAUGGCAUUUAAUACAGUAGUUUUUGUUGGUGGCUCAAAAUUAUGGGAAGGUAAACUAGUUGAGCGUGCCAAAGCUCUUAAAGUAAAUGCUGGAUCAGAACAAGAUGCGGACCUUGGUCCUGUGAUUAGCAAAAAGGCGAAGGAACAAAUAUGCAGAUUGAUCCAAAUUGGGGUUGAAAGUGGUGCCAGAUUGGUGCUUGAUGGGAGAAAUAUUGUGGUUCCUGGAUAUGAGCAUGGCAAUUUCAUUGGGCCCACCAUCUUAUUCGACGUCAGUACUGAAAUGUUGUGUUACAAGGAGAUCAUCAUUGGCCCAGUUCUUCUUUGCAUGCAGGUUGACAGCUUAGAGGAGGCUAUUAACAUUGUUAAUAAAAAUAGGUACAUUGUCAAUUUUUUCCUUCUUGGUGCUCUAAAUAUUCACACAUCCAAGUAUGUGUUUUGUUUAUGUUCAAAAUAUUCUCCCAUUUACAGAUAUGGCAAUGGAGCUUCUAUAUUUACCACUUCUGGUAUAACUGCGAGGAAAUUUCAGACAGAGAUUGAGGUUAGGCAGGUCGGCAUAAAUGUUUGUAUACCGGUCCCACUCCCCAUUUUCUCAGUUACUGGCUCCAAGGCAUCUUUUGCAGGCGACCAGAAUUUUUCUGGCAAGGAUGGAAUUCAUUUUUACACCCAGAUCAAAACAGUGGCUCAGCAAUGGGAAGAUAUACCCACGGAAGAUGGGGUAUCAUUGCAAAUGCCCACUUCUAUGAUGUCAUGAUGUAUAGAAUGUUUUCUACUUUUACUUUUUUUUUUUUUGCUCUCUCUCUCUCUCCAUGUAGAUACUGUGGAUAUAAGGCUCUCCUUUCUAGUUUUCUUCAUUGUCAUUGAUAUUGAAUUUCAUCUUUAUAGUUAUCAUUGUUGAGAA